AUGGAGGAUCUUCAGACAUCUCCUCAGAGUCCACCCGGACUCAGCCCCUCAGGUCCUGGGAAGUCCUUGAGUCCGGUCUUGGUCUGCAGAGUGUGUGGAGACAGCAGCAGCGGGAAACACUACGGGAUCUACGCCUGCAACGGCUGCAGCGGCUUCUUCAAACGGAGCGUGCGCCGCAGACUCAUCUACAGACCUGGUCUCUGCAGGUGUCAGGCUGGGACCGGUCUUUGUCCCGUGGACAAAGCUCACAGGAACCAGUGUCAGGCCUGUCGCCUGAAGAAGUGUCUGCAGGCGGGAAUGAACAAAGACGCGGUCCAGAACGAGCGCCAGCCUCGGUCUACGGCUCAGGUCCGCCUGGACUCGUUGGACAUGGACCCGGACAAAGAGCACCUGGCCACCACUCGUGAGGUCACUUCCUGUUCCACUUCCUGCUCCUCUUCAGCCACUUCCUCGUCCGUGAUCACAUGGCCACACAUCACUUCCUCCAUAAGCUCCUCCUCCCAGCGCAGCCUGACUCCGCCCACAAACCACCGCUUCAUGGCGAGUCUGAUGACGGCCGAGACCUGCGCCAAACUGGAGCCGGAGGACGGUGAGAACACGCCCCCUGCUGGUCCGUCACAGCGCCCCCUGCUGGUCCCUCACAAUCUAUGGUUUUUAUCAUUUAUUGAUAAAGCGGAAUAA